GGAGAAGGGAGAAUUCUGUUAGAGAAGGGAGAAUUGAGAGUUAACCGUCAUUCAGACGAGCAGGAGGUCUCUGCAGGUAGCAGUCUGUAAAUGCGAACUUGUGCACCCUCUUUGGGGACAGGCUCUGUUGCUUUCUAUUUCUUCGCUUGCAGCCGCGUGCCUAUUUAUUUGAAACUGACUGAAUUUCCUCUCAAUGGCUGGUCAGGUUGAUUCUUCAAGACUAGUGGAUAUUUCUUUUUAAUGUCUCCAACGCAUUUUCUUUCUUUCUUUCUUUCUUUUUGAGGUUAAGGGGGAAGAGAUGGUUGAAAUUCUGGCUGGGUAAGCUGGGGAAUUCUCAGAAAUGAGAAAGGGGGAAGGAAACGGACUUAGAAGCCGGCAAGCAAAGCAGCAGCCCCCGGUCCCCCUAUCUUCCGCACCCCCUACCUCCGCCCCGUGACCUUCCGUGGAGACCCCAGGAGGCUGCAUCAAUAUUUGAUCAGCCUUUCGCCAGCGCGUUGCCAGCACUCGUCGGCAGGGCUUGCCGGGCAUCGCCUGCGCUGCGCUGCAGCCGGCGCCGGGGCCCGCAAGGGGCUUUGGAAGGACCGGCUCUUCGCUCGCCCGCUCCGCUGGGGCGCGGCGCCCACCACCCACCAUGCGGGGCUGCACGCUGCUCUGCGCGCUGUCCUGGCUUCUGCCGCCGGCGGCACCCGGGCUCCCCGCGCAACCCUUAGCGCGGCGCCACGACCCCCGCGACCCCGUCAGGGGCGCUGAGUUCGAUCGCAUCUACAACGGGGUGGUGAGCCUCAGCACCGAGAACAUCUACUCCUUCAACUACACUAGCCAGCCCGGCCAGGUGAACGCCGUGCGGGUGUACGUGAACAGCUCCUCAGAGAACCUCGACUACCCGGUCCUGGUCGUGGUUCGCCAGCAGAAAGAGGUGCUGUCCUGGCAGGUUCCUCUGCUCUUCCAAGGACUAUACCAGAGGAGCUACAACUACCAGGAAGUGAGCCGCACCUUAUGUCCCUCAGAAGCAACCAAUGAAACAGGGCCUCUGGAACAACUGAUAUUUGUAGAUGUCGCAUCCAUGGCGCCCCUGGGUGCCCAGUACAGACUGCUGGUUACCAAGAUCAAGCACUUCCAGCUGCAGACAAAUGUUGCCUUUCACUUUACUGCCAGUCCCUCUCAACCCCAGUAUUUUCUAUACAAAUUUCCUGAAGAUGUGGAGUCAGUUAUCAUUAAAGUUGUGUCUGAAAUGGCUUAUCCAUGCUCUGUUGUCUCAGUCCAGAAUAUCAUGUGCCCAGUGUAUGAUCUCGACCACAAUGUAGAAUUUAAUGGUGUCUAUCAGUCCAUGACCAAGAAAGCUGCCAUCACACUACAGAAGAAGGAUUUUCCAGGUGAGCAGUUCUAUGUGGUGUUUGUGAUAAAGCCUGAAGAUUAUGCCUGUGGAGGAUCUUUCUUCAUCCAGGAAAAGGAGAACCAGACCUGGAAUCUACAACGUGCAAAGAACCUUAAAGUGACCAUUGUUCCUUCCAUCAAAGGAUCUGUUUAUGUGAAAUCCAUUCUCCUCAGUUUCCUCAUCUUCUUCUCCUUCUACUUGGGAUGCCUGUUUGUUGCAUUUGUUCAUUAUAUCAGGUUUCAGAGAAAGUCCAUUGAUGGAAGCUUUGGUUCCAGUGACGGCUCUGGAAAUACGUCGGUGUCACAUCCCAUUGCUGCCAGCACCCCUGAAGAAAGCAAUUAUGGGGCAAUAGAUGAGUCAAGCUCCAGUCCUGGCAGGCAAAUGUCCUCCUCCGACGGCAGACAGCCAUGCCAGUCAGACACGGACAGCUCCGUGGAGGAAAGUGACUUCGACACCAUGCCAGACAUUGAGAGCGAUAAGAACGUCAUCCGGACCAAGAUGUUCCUUUACCUGUCAGAUCUGUCCAGGAAGGACCGGAGAAUUGUCAGCAAAAAAUAUAAGAUUUAUUUUUGGAACAUCAUUACCAUUGCUGUGUUUUAUGCGCUGCCUGUGAUCCAGCUGGUUAUCACCUACCAGACAAUAGUCAAUGUCACUGGUAACCAGGACAUCUGCUACUACAACUUCCUCUGCGCUCACCCCUGGGGUGUCCUGAGUGCCUUCAACAACAUUCUCAGUAACCUGGGCCACAUGCUCCUGGGCUGCCUCUUCCUACUGAUAGUCUUGCGCCGGGACAUUCUCCAUCGAAGAGCCCUGGAGGCCAAGGACAUCUUUGCCAUGGAGUAUGGGAUUCCCAAACACUUCGGUCUCUUCUAUGCUAUGGGCAUCGCACUGAUGACGGAAGGGGUGCUCAGUGCUUGUUACCAUGUCUGCCCUAAUUACUCCAACUUCCAAUUCGACACCUCCUUCAUGUACAUAAUCGCCGGCCUCUGCAUGCUGAAGCUCUAUCAGACCCGCCACCCAGACAUCAACGCCAGUGCCUACGCUGCUUACAUCUCCUUCGCCCUGGUCAUCACGCUCACCGUCCUUGGAGUGGUGCGUCCCUCCCCACAGCCGGCAGCCCUCUUGGGAGGCUUUGUAUUUUGUUUUUUUGGACCCCAGGUGUUUGGGAAAAAUGACCUGGGGUUGUUCUGGGUCAUCUUCUCUGCAAUCCAUAUUCUGGCUUCUCUGGCCCUCAGCACCCAGAUCUACUACAUGGGUCGUUUCAAGAUAGAUGUGUCUGACACAGAUUUGGGAAUUUUCCGACGGGCCGCUAUGGUGUGCUACACAGACUGCAUCCAGCAGUGCAGCCGGCCUCUCUAUAUGGACAGAAUGGUAUUGCUCAUCGUGGGGAAUCUGGUUAACUGGUCCUUUGCCCUCUUUGGACUGAUCUAUCGACCCAGGGACUUUGCCUCCUACAUGCUGGGCAUCUUCAUCUGUAACCUGCUGCUCUACCUGGCCUUUUACGUCAUCAUGAAGCUUCGCAGCUCCGAGAAGAUCCUCCUGAUCCCGCUCUUCUGCAUCGUUGCCACCGCUGCAGUGUGGGCCGCUGCCUUGUAUUUUUUCUUCCAGAAUCUCAGCAGCUGGGAGGGAACGCCAGCCGAAUCCCGAGAGAAGAAUCGAGAGUGUAUCCUGCUGGAUUUCUUUGAUGACCAUGACAUCUGGCACUUCCUCUCUGCUACUGCCCUGUUUUUCUCAUUCUUGGUUUUGUUAACCCUGGAUGAUGACCUGGAUGUGGUUCGGAGAGACCAGAUCCCUGUCUUUUAAGCCUCCAGCAUGGAGAGCAGGGAGAGAGAGCAACCAAUCUUGGUGCUGUUUCAUGAAAAAUACAGGGACUGCAGCAAAGUAACCACUGCCAAAUGCUCCACUCACCCUCUGUUGGGUUGGCUCUGUACACAUUCCCGCAGGGAGGAGAGGAGAUACAGGGGGACCCAAACCUGCAAGAAGGGAAGCAGCAACUGUGGACAGAGUCAAGCCCUUCAGAGUCGAAAAACACCCACCAUCCCCUUCUGUCACUACUCUGAGUUAGACAUGGACAAAAGCUGCAUCGAAGUUGACCUUGGGACCACUCCCGCCCUCACCUGAUAUUCGCCAGCCAUGGGGAGACCAUGCUGCUCUCCACCCUCCAGCUGCCUCCCCGCCCAGAAAUUCCAGGGUGGCUCCCAUGCACCUCUGUAACAUCUGCUGCUCUAGACAUCCCAAAACACCAGCCCACUUCUCCGAAGUCCUGGAAUGAUGUGAUUCCUUAGAGUCUGGUAGAGGGGUGGCCCCAAGGCCCUACCCAACUGGGAUAGAUGUUUUGUAGCACCAGCUCGUCACCUCCACCAAAGGAAUGCUGUACGCUUCCCCCAGGUUCCUGACCGCAUUAGGAGGACUCUUACAUCAGGCUGGGUCACCCGCUCCUGGCAGGUAACUGUCCCUGAGACCAAGGUGUGGGUGCUUCCCUGUUCCUUGGUGUCUUCAUCUCACCGCUGUGUGUUGACCCCCUGACUCAGGCUCUACCUUCUUGGGAAGGCCACUUCUCCACAGACCAGCUCCAAGGCGGAAGGGGAAAUGGGAAAACUCUUCCAGCAGCAGGAGGCACCAGAGGAAUGACCGACAGCACUAGGAGACCGGUGACAUCAGCAUCAAGCACUCAGGCCUCACGUUAAGGACUUGGGCUCCUGGAGUACAUUCAGCGAAGGCAAUUAGGCCUCCAAGUCAAAUAGCUCCAUUCUGUGCCUGCAUCACCCUUGGGGAAGAAAUAAGUGUUCUAAGCAGGGGCACUGCUCUCGGGCUCCUGUACAACCGGCCAAGCCCCUCCUCUGCUGCUUUAUGCAGAUCAGGGGCUUUAGACUUUCUCCUGAGUUUCUCUGGAGGCCCGUCUCAGGGUGAACACAUCUCACUCCUCCUCUCCAGUUGCAAAGAGCUCAGCCGGUUUGGGGGCGGGGCGGUUGUCUCUCUGACACACCUGAUUCACAUUCACUCCCCAGGAUGGUGUUGAAGCACUCAGUGUCCCACUUCACUCUCUAACUGUCCAGCAGCUCUGCCCCCAGGAAGUCCCAUUUUGACCAAACUCCUGUAUUACCUGUGAUAUGACGUCAUCAGAAAAUUUACAUGCAAAUAUGCAUACACAGAUAUAUUUGCCUGUGAAAUUGAAGUCACCUUCUCACCUCUGCUUUCUUGAUCCUUCAUUAGAAGGAUCCUUCAUUCUUUUUAAAAUAUAUAUAUAUAAUUUUCUCUAAAAUAAUGUUCAAAAACACAUUUUGGAAGUUUGAAUGGCAAACUUUCCCUGAUUUUAAGAACACAAAGAUGCUUUCAAUGAAACAUUAUGAUUUUUUUUCUAAAAUGCCCCCAGAUUCAUAAUUGGUGUUGUUAUUCUUUAUUCCUUAAAAAUCGUUGGCUUCCAUAGGCCAUAUGAAGGCCACCUAUUAAAUGGUUGUAUCAAUCUAACAUUUAAAAUAUAUUUCGAACCUGUUUAA